ACUCAAAUGAUGCAAAACCAAAGGAAGGCACAUUCUCAGACGGACAAAGGAGAUAAUCUCUUCAAUGUGUGAAGACAAAAUCAAGUAUUCAAAUACUUCCAAUCCGAUAUUGAUAUCAUCUACAAAUAAAUUUCUGAUCUGUUUAUUAUUAUUACAUGCACUGUUAGGGACGAAACAGAACAAAAGAAAAUACAAUGUUUUGUAUGAAAUCAGUGGGAAUCCUUCUCCUGCCAACUUUCCUUCUCAUUUCUUCAACCUUCUUAUCAGGUGGAGCUUCUCAAAUUCGCCUACAAGGGAUUAUCGAUGAGGGUGAGAUCAACUUGGUUUCAUGGGAAACGAGGAGGUCUGUUCUUACAGAAAACGAAUCUAUGAUAUUAGCUGCAGAGCGAACUCAUAGGAGAGAUCCUCUUAACAAUUUUAAAUACUACAAAGGUGGAUGGAGUAUCAGUGAAAAGCAUUACUUCUAUUCUGUUGCUUAUACUGCUGCUCCUUUAUUUUUAAUUACUGCAAUAUGGUUUCUGGGAUUCGCUGUGACCUUAUUGCUCAUCUGUAUUCGCCAUUGCUGCUGCCAACUGGAGAAUUAUGGCUAUUCUCGAACUGCCUAUGCACUUUCUCUUGUCUUUCUCAUAUUCUUCACUCUUGCUGCAAUUGUUGGAUGCAUUGUCCUCUACACUGGACAGGAGAAGUUUCAUAGUAGUUCAACAAGUACGCUAAAAUAUGUAGUGAAUCAAGCAGACAAUACUGUUGAGAAUCUCACUAUUGUAUCAGAUUAUCUAUCUGCUGCAAAGGGAGUUGGAGUGGAUCAAAUUUUUCUGCCUGCUAGCAUACACAACAGCAUCAAUAAAGUUGACAGCAUGAUAAAUGCUGCAGCUACUACUCUUGGGAAGGAGACUGAUGAAAAUUCAGACAAAAUACAGAAAGUCCUGGAUACUGUACGAGUGAUUCUGAUCAUAGUUGCUGCUGUAAUGCUCCUCCUGGCUUUUCUUGGUUUCUUGCUAUCAAUUCUUGGCUUGCAAUCUUGUGUCUACCUACUAGCUAUGACUGGAUGGAUCCUUGCAACAAUUGCAUUGAUUUUAUGCUGCUUAUUUCUCAUUCUCCAUAAUGUAGUUGGAGAUACAUGUGUUGCUAUGGACGAAUGGGUCCAAAACCCCACAGCACAUACAGCUUUAGACGACAUUCUCCCUUGUGUAGACAAAGCAACUGCCCAACAAAUCUUGUCAGAAAGCAAACAAGUCACCUUCCAGCUAGUUGAAGUUGUUAACACAUUUAUCACCAAUAUCUCCAACACCGACCCACCAAAAAAUCUGCCUCCCAACUUACCACCAGAUACUAAACGUUUAUACUACAAUCAAUCUGGUCCUGCUGUGCCUGUCCUCUGUAAUCCCUACAAUUCUGAUAUUACAGAUCGAAAAUGUGCUGCUGAUGAAGUGUCCUUCACCAAUGCAUCUCAGGAAUGGAGCAAGUACAUCUGCCAAGUCUCAGGAAAUGAUAUUUGCAUAACGACAGGCCGUUUGACACCUGAAUUUUACAAGCAGAUGAUAUUUGCAGUAAAUGUGAGCUAUGCUCUGAAUAUCUACGGGCCCUUCCUUUUUGAUCUAGUAGAUUGCAGUUUUGUUCGCCAAACCUUCAGUGGCAUCGUUGAGAACCAUUGUCCAGGCUUGAAUCGUUACAGUGAUUGGAUCUUUAUUGGGUUUGUAAUGGUUUCAGUAGCAGUAAUGGUCUCUUUGAUCUUCUGGUUAUUGUAUGCAAGAGAGAGGCGUCACCGGCUGUAUACCAAGAAGUUUGUGCAUCUACCUGCACAAGAGUCCAUUGGAGAAGAAAGUGGUGGUCCAGUGAGUUCUCAGAGUUGAUUCUGCAGAUGAUAAUGAUCUAAAAGGCCAAAUUUCAAAUAAGGUCAUUCUUAUUGUAUAGUUCCAGGUAAAUUUAGCUUUUUUUUUCGCUGAUUAUUAGAUGUUGAUGUGGGCUUUUAGAGAUUAAACAUGUUUGGUAUAAAUCAAACAAUUCAAUUGAAUUAUUAUGCAA